AAAGGGGCAGACAACUCCAGCGGUUUCCACCGCUCUUCUACCAAGGAACCCAGGGAAGCUAAGACAACUGGGUCAGACUCGGCGACGCUGGCAGCGCAGUCCGGUGCUCAGCGAGCUGGAAGUUAAGCCCUCAAGCUGUAACAGCGCAAAGAAGUCAAGGACAGCUUGCAAGCCCACUGCGAGAGAACUGGGCAGCACCCAUCCCUGCUGGACUACAAGGACCGGCAUGCAUCGCGUAGCGGCGGCAAGCUCCGCUCCGGGACCUCGGCGCAACGGAGCCUGGGAAGUGAAGUCUCCGGGCGGCCCCAGUCGCGUCGCAAAGUCAGAAGGGAGGCGUUGCUAGUCCGCUCCAUCAGCACGCCUGUUUCUGGACGAGCUCCGAGCCUCUUGCUCCCGCUCAGGAUUUUCGCGGGCGGCGGCAGGAACAGUAUGGCUUGCUUGAGUAAACUCCGGGGGGAGGAGGGAGAUGGGAGUGGAUGGGGAGGCGGGGUCAGCGGAAGCGGCAGGUUGCUUCCUUCUCCUCAAGCUUCCUCCCCGCCUCUCCCUGAGGGAGCGGUGGGAGGGGGAGGGAAGGGCAAAGGGAAGGUAGUGACACGUGUCAAUCAACCCCCCCUCCGGGGGGCGCGCGCUCCGGGGCUCGCGCCGAGGGCUCGCGUCCCUGCCUCGUGCCUGCGCCGCUCGUAUGUAAAUGAGGGCGCGUGACGCGGGACGCAGAUGGACAAGGGAAGAGAGAGAAUGGCCGCUGCCGCCGCCGCUGCUGCCGCCGCCGCCGCCGCUCAGUGCCGGAGCCCUAGGUGCGCGGCGGAGAGGAGAGGAUUCCGGCGGGAACUCGACUCUUGGCGCCACCGCCUCAUGCACUGUGUAGGUUUUGAGAGUAUUUUAGAAGGGCUUUAUGGACCACGGCUACGAAGAGACCUCAGUUUAUUUGAAGACUGUGAACCAGAAGAGCUGACUGACUGGUCUAUGGAUGAAAAAUGUUCAUUUUGUAACCUACAGAGAGAAGCAGUCAGUGAUUGUAUACCAUCUCUUGAUUCUUCACAGUCAACCCCAACGGAGGAACUAUCAUCUCAGGGCCAGUCCAACACUGAAAAGAUUGAAUGCCAAGCAGAAAAUUACUUAAAUGCACUCUUUCGAAAGAAAGAUCUUCCUCAGAACUGUGAUCCUAACAUUCCCUUAGUUGCUCAGGAAUUAAUGAAAAAGAUGAUACGUCAGUUUGCAAUUGAGUAUAUUUCAAAAAGUGGUAAAAUUCAAGAAAAUAGAAAUGGUUCAAUUGGACCAAGUCUAAUAUGUAAAAGUAUCCAAAUGAAUCAAGCAGAAAACUCCCUUCAGGAAGAGCAGGAAGGCCCCUUAGACCUCACUGUGAAUCGAAUGCAAGAACAAAAUACUCAGCAAGGGGAUGGAGUGUUAGAUCUCUCUACAAAGAAAACCAGCAUAAAAUCUGAAGAGUCAUCCAUAUGUGAUCCUUCUUCUGAAAAUUCAAUGGCUGGUUCAACUGUUGAUGCAAAAUCAGAGGAAGCUACUAAAAUGGAAAAAGGAAAAUCAGCAUUAAGCAAAGUUUUGGAAUCUUUGUGCAUACAUCACCAGCAACAAGUUUUGGCCAUGUUGAAAUUUCUAGUCCAAGAGCAGAAUACUGCUUCUCUUUGCUAUUGUAAUACAUCAUAUACUGUGUCUUCAGAAUCUCAAAAGCCCCUAAUUGAAGAUGACUUACAUGGUCUAUUCUGUAGUUGUGAAUAUAGGCUGGCAGAAAGAGGGUAUUUACAAAAUGAAAGACAAAGCCCUGGUUUUGUGCCUCUGCCAGUCUGUAUUAAAGAUUUACAUUGUUUAUCUUGCCAAACUGUAACUAUUGAACACAUUAAGACAGUAGUGAAUAGAGGAAUUGCAAAAAGUUGUAAUUCUCACAGGUGCUGUUCUGGACUAUUACCAAACAUUCACUCUACAAAAUCAACCUUUCAUGCUCCUCUUUCAUCAAGGGAAGUAUGCGAUGUUUCAGUCAGUCUUAAGGAUGUUUGUAGAUCUCGAAGUCCGUCACCUCCACCGUUAUCGCCUGUACAGACUGAAGGAUUUGAAAAAUUGAAAGAUGCCGUCCUAGAGCUUUCAGCCUUAGAAAAUAACAGACUUGAAAUAAACAUUAACCAGCCUCCAUCUCUCACACCAGCAGAAAUAAACAGUGACAAGGGCGAUCACGAAGGUAAAGUACAUAAAACUAAAAAAUCCAGUAACUCCGAUUAUUUGCUCCUGGAAGACAGUGAUAAUUGUACUGCAAAUCAUGAAAAUGAUGAAACUACUGUAAUAUUUCAAGAUUUAAUGGAUCGUAUUAAUGAAAAAUUAAAAUCAAUAGAAGCUACAGAUGUGACAAACCUUAUAAAAUUAUCUAGCAGUGAUUGUAAUACAGAUAAUGAUUUAAAAUUGAGGGAUUUAAUAUCCUCACUCUUGCAUAAUGCCAAGGCCAGUGAUUACAGUUUCAUGGAACUGCUGAGUCAACAUGAUAAAAAGGUAGAAAAUAAAAUUAUUCAGACAAGAUUUCGAAAGCGUCAAGAAACCUUAUUUUCAAUGCACAGCUCUCCUGAUUCCCCCAUGUUUAGAAGGCAGUCUUUACAAAUAAAAAGAGAACUUGCUAGUCUUGAUGAAAAUUUUGUAAGAAAAAAAUACACAGAAAAAAAUUCAAGGAAGUUAACAUGCAAUGAUGAGAUAUUUUCCACAGACAAAGAAGAAUUCUAUCAUUGCCAAGGGUCUUUACAAAAUUCUAAAAACCGGCAAGAUAAUAAUCAUACAGAAACAUCAUUUUCACCAGAUUGUGCAUUACAGUCAUUAAAACUACCUCUUCAUAGUUUAGAAACUAACUUGGCUUUUGAUGCAUUUUCCGAAAGCUUUAAAACAACUUUCCCUGAGAAAAUGAGCAUAAGAAAAUCACAGGAGAAAUCUGCAGGUGGAAAAAAACUUUUGCAAAAUCACAAGGAGAACCCCAACCUGGAGAAUACUCAAGCUCCUUUGAAAAGUGAUGUUUCUCCACUUUUGAGCAGAACUAAACGAAAUAUUGUGCCCCCAGGGUGGUAUUCUAUAUAUGUAACAAAUAAUUAUGUUUUCAAAAAAUCCCCUAAGGCCAAAAAAGCUGCUGAAUCUACAAAAAAAAAAGAUCCUAUGAAAACGAUUCAACUCGAAAGCUCACACAAUAUAGAUCUAAACAAAAUUGCAAUGAAUUCUAAUUUACAAGUUGUUGUGGAGCGUUUGGAAGACACAAUAAAUAUGGCCCAGAAGUCUUUGAAUAAUCACUCAUUAUCUGAAGGAUGCAAGGCAUCCAAGAAAUUGAUAGAAGUUAAUGGUAAAGAUCAAACUGCAGGUAGAAAUGUGACUCUUACUGUAAGCAGAAUGGCAUGCAAAGAGCAGAGUUUGUCAAAAUCUGUGGUAGCAGCCAGCAAUAUCAAAAGCAAUCAUAUUCCUACAAUAGAUUUGAAUAGCAAAAGACUUGAUAAUCUGGAAAAGACAUCUGUUUUGGAUACAAGUAGCUUGAUUUCCAAUGUUCAAAGUGUGUCAACAAAAUAUGAAGCCAUUGAAAGCUCUCCUUUUUCCAGCUAUUCUAGUCCUAUCAAACUCAUGUUUUUAUCUGAGGUUAAAAGCAGUGAAGGAGUCAAAUAUACUUUAACUUCAGUUGGUACUUCCAAGUCAAAUAUUGAACUUUCUUCUGAAAAAUAUCUAACUCAUCAUGUAAUUGAAAAAAAAACAAUGACAAAUAAGAAUGUCCCAAAUGCUAACUUUGAAAAGGAUAGUUCUAAUCUUAAUGAUAGUGACACUCUACAGGGAGAACUAAACAAAUUUAAUUGUGCAAAAGAAACUACGGAAUCCCCUGCAAUGUUCAUAGAUGGUAUGAAUAGUGAUAAGCCACAAGAUGAACCUAAGGAAAAUCUAAACAAUGGUAUUGAUUCAUCUUUUAAACGGAAACCAGGUAGACCUAAAAAAAUAGGUCCCCAGGUUGUGAAACAAAUUAAGCGGCCAAUUGGAAGACCACCAAAACCUAAAACUAAUCAAACAGACAUCACCAUUUGCCAAAAUGAGUGUUCUAGUGCUGGAAAGAAAAGUCCAGAGUCUCUCCUAUCAGAAGUAGGAGAAGGUAUUUAUAAAAAGAGUAUUACCGUAACUGUUAUUUAUGGAAGGUCAAGAAGAACUAGAAGGCAUGUUUCUGAAGGAACGGUAGACAUAAGCAAUGUGUUAUCUUUCAGCAAUAAUGUUGCUGAUAUUCCAACUGAAAGUAACAGUCUCCGAAAUAUUAAAGAAUACAAAAUUGAUGCAGGUGAAAGAAGGGCUGUUUCAAGUUUAACUACUGAAAGUGAGGUCUUGGGGUCUGGCUUUGAAUAUGUUAGGCCUAUCAAGAACAAGUCUGUGAUACCUCAACCUUCCAAGAACAUUAUUCGACCAACUCAGAAGCCUUUUGCUAUAAUUAGGAAGCCUGGUAGACCUGCAAAAGUGAAAAUCUCUGGCAUAUCUGUGACUAUUAAUAGAGUUUCACCUCAGGAUAGAGAAGUAAGUAUUAGCAGCUGCUUACCUCCUUUAGAACAAGAAAAUAUAUUAGAAAGAAAUCUGGCUGAAGAAAAGUAUGAUCACCAAUGCAAUAAGAUGGAUACAGGGCACACCAAAGCUGACACAUUUAAGAAUGGAUCAAAAAGUAUGGUUGCUACUAUACCUUUGAGACAUUCUAUUACAGAUAGAAAACCAUCCCUCCAUUUCUUACAUCCAUUAGCAUCUUCUAGCUCACUUAUUUAUAGAAAUGCUCUGUUCCGUAAAUCGUAUAAACUCCAUUUGCAGAAGGGUAAAAGUCAGAAGGAAAAACCUAAGCAGUCAAGGAUAAAAAUAGCUUCGAAAGGUACCCCAGCAACCAGAAAUUCAAGGAAUGAAAAAAUGUGUUUGGAAGAUAACAAAGUAAUACCCAUUUCUGAAGUAUCCUUGGACCCAAUAAUUUCAUCAAAUCCUUUGCUCAGGUGGUGGGCUGCUUCUACAUCAAACGAUUCCUUAAUAGAGGAAUUAAACAAUAGAUUUGAGCAAAUAACAAAUGCUUGGGUGCAAGUGAGUGGAGAUGAAGCUGGAAAUUGUGCUCAUAAAAAGAGAGAACACAUUGAAAAUGAUAAUUUCAAAAUAGCAAACCCUUUGGAAACCUGUCUUUUAGAACUUGAAGUUUCACCUGUAAAAAUGCUUUUUCGGAAAAAGUAUGAUUUGAAUGAACUCUGUAUCUGGUUUAUGCAAACAACAGAAACACAGUCUCUUUCACUAGUUAGAAAAGCAAAUGCUCGAAACCCUUUGGAAGUAAUAAAUACUAGAGGAAUUAAGUUAGGGACCAAAUAUUCUAAUUUUAAUACCAGCCCCUUCAGAAAGCACUUUAAAAAAUUUGCACUAUCUUCUCCUUCAAAAUCAGCAGGGAAGUUGCAUAUACUGCAUAAAAUGGUUAGCUCUCCACUGUUAAAUGUGAAAAAUAAUUUAACGUUAGCUAGAUUAAAAAGAACUGAAUUUAAGAGGUUGCAACAUGAAAGGUGGAAAAGAGAGGGAAAGCUGCACAACCAUGGAACAAUUGAUUGGAUCUCUAAAAGGAAAAACUUAAGAUUUUUCUGCCAGAACCAAUUUUUAAGUAAGACUGAGAGGGGAACAAAAGCUGAUAUCCCACUCCGAGGAAAAAACACAAUAGCUAGUCAGUUUAUUUUGCCACCUGAGAUCAGGGAUGACUCUUUGCAACAGAAGGUGGCAAUGUCUGACUUGAAAACACAUGCUAGUUUAGAGAAUAAUUUUAAGUCAGAAGCAAAAGAGAAUGGAACAAAUUGCAGCCAAAAAGAUUUUGAAAAGGGACCAAGACUAGGAAAUGUGUGUCCAAAUAAUUGGAAGUCAAAAACCUUAAAAGAUUGUAGAAUAUUUUUGAGGAAGAUCAACUAUCUUGAACACAAAAAUACUUUUAAGCUAAAUACAAUCAUUUACUCUCCUGAAUCUAUUGACAGUGGAAGUAAUCCUCAGACUCACAGAGAAGAAUCAAAGCGCUUUACCUUAAGAUCCCAUUCUGCUAGGCAAAAUUCUUUUAUAAAGCAGUGUAAAGAAAUGGAAAAUGGUAAAACAAAUAGUCCUUCAAUCGAUAAAUUUCCCAGCCAACUUGACAAUAGUAAAUUAAAUAAAUGUGUUAACUAUGACAAGAAUCCUGAUAGUUCUGAUGUUCUUAGCAAAUUGAACAAAAGAAAAAGACCACCAUGGAAGACCACAGAAAUGUCAACAAAAAGGCAUAAACGACAGUCCUGCAACAGUGGACAAAUGGCAAACUAUUAUUCAAAAUCCCAACUAGCCUCCAGACCUGCUUUGUCUAUCUGAGCAUGCUACAAAUGAAAACUGAUGAGAAACUGAAUUUGUCCGAUGGGAAUACAGCAAGUUGCCCUUUGAGCCCCAUUAAGAUGUGCCUUAAUCGUCCCAUUGAAUGGAAUCUGAAUUUGACAGCAGCAUCUCU